AUGAAGGGUCUCAGUGUCUUCCUGCUCGCUACCGCCGCAGCCGCGGCAUCGCCGUCUGCACCAGCUGGCAAGACUUCGGCGCAAAAAGCUAGUGCAACGUCCAAGGCUACGACGGUGUCCAAGGCUGCAUCGUCAGCGACCCCCGGAACGUGGACAUUCUAUUCCACCUUCACAGACGAGGUCACGUCUUCAUCGACUUCCAAAUAUGGUCCCGUCACCGAAACCAGCUAUGUUGUGGUUCCUACAACAACAACCAUCACCAAAUCCACUGGCUUGACCAUUCACCCCGGAACCAAGACCAUCACCGCCACUAAGAGAUUCGGCGGAAGGGUUCACUAUGUCGAUCCGGCACCAGGUGCCUCGACUGCGCCCAUCGUGACAGUUACUACCACGCCCUCUGGAUUCACCCCAAUUGCGUCCGAAUUCGCGUACACCGCGAGCGUGAAGGUUAGCAAGGUCACGGUGACGACAACUUACGUCGAGACCGAGUACGAAGCGUCUACUGUGAGCGUAACCAGCACCUACACCGCAGUUCCCGACACCGUGACCAAGACGGUCUACACGACGACCGUCAGUGUUCCUACUACUCGUACCUUGACGAAGACCACAACCAUCGUGACUCCAGUCACAACCACCCGUAGCACCUUCCCUACCCACCAUGCCAUCUGUAACGAGGACUCCGGAAACUACGUGAAUCGCUACCCCUAUGGCGUCCCGUUCGAGGCCCUCGCCUACUCCUCGCAAGAAAACGACGACUACGGCUCGGUCCACGCCCUCGACCGAUCGGGAGUCUACUUCAACGAGACUUUCGCAUUGGCGACCAAGGUCGACUGCUGCAACUACGCCAUGACCAACCUCGCCGCGUUCGGAUACUGGCAGCCGCAGGGCGACAACGGACCAAACAGCUGUUUGAUCUUCAACGUCCGCGACGAAGCUCACUGCAAAGGAAGCGAGGUCAAGUACUCCCUGGUUCCCGUCGAUAACAUCAACCCCGAUUCUACGCCGAGCGCAUACUUUGCUUUCAAUGGAAGGUGUGGACGCGUGACGCCCGACCGCCACAGCUUCGGUUGGUACCAGGAGGGCGGCUCGUACACGCCCGAGAACUAA